AUGCUAGACGAUCUGGCCGAAACAGAGGCGGUCGAAGCCAUCACUUCCGCGUUUCUCUCGGCGCCAACGGCAAAGCAGCAGCUGCUCACCAAGCUUAUGAAGAGCACCGACAACCGUUUCCAGGAAUUCUGCCUCCAUCUGACACGCAGAGACUGUCCGCAUGGCAAGACAUGCCACAAGUUGCAUUUCAAGCCCGUACUGUAUCCACAGACUGAGCCUUCCUAUGGCCACUGCAGCUACCUGAAUACCUGUCAUCGAACCACAUCGUGCAAGUAUCUGCAUUUUCAAUUGGAUACCGACCCGCCUCACCCCGCCUUUGUGUUUCAAACGACCGAUCCACGCCAUGCAUACGCGCCAGACUCGGAGGAGGCACAGCACAUCGGACUCAUCCAUCCAUCGCGCACGCUCCAGGAACAUGGCCUCGACCAAUGGAUCCGUCCGUCGUCGCCCUCGGCUUGCCUACAGGAAGCACAGUGGAUCGAUUGUGAUCUGAAAAACUUUGACUACUCCAUGCUGGGCAAAUUUGAUAUCAUCCUAGCAGAUCCACCGUGGGAUAUCCACAUGUCGCUGCCGUACGGAACAAUGAGCGACGACGACAUGCGAUCAAUGCCAGUGCCCGUGCUUCAGGAUGAAGGACUCAUCUUCCUCUGGACGACGGGCCGAGCGAUGGAGCUGGGACGCGAGCUGCUCGCGCAUUGGGGCUACACACGUAUCGAUGAGUUGAUCUGGGUCAAAGUGGGCCAGACGCAGCGUCUCAUCCGUACCGGCCGAACGGGCCAUCAUCUGAAUCACACAAAGGAACACUGUCUGGUUGGAGCCAAGAUCCGACCUACCACACAAGCCGCAACGGAAACAGCGAGGAGCAGCAAUCCCAUCGCAGGAUCUACACAGAGAUACAUCGGCAGCCGAGCAGCAGGGGUGCCACCGCCCUUGCCAGAAUGGGUUCACUGUGGCAUCAACGCUGACGUGAUCGUCUCCGAGGUAAGAGACACUUCGCGCAAGCCAGACGAGCUGUACAGCAUCAUCGAACGACUCUGUCCCGGUGGCCGCAAGGUGGAACUCUUUGGUCGCAAACACAAUGUUCGCAAGGGCUGGCUGACGCUCGGGAACCAGCUCAAGUCGGACCGUGUGCUAGAUGCUGACCUGCAAAAGCGUCUAAAUGAUUUCAGAGCGAGAGGAGCACAAUAG